CCGGACUUUCUACUAUAUUUAUAUAGGGACAUUGUCAGAGCAGAUUGCAAAAGACUGCGAGAAAUGGAGGGGCUGCGGCGGAGCAUAGGGUGGCCUGCGGCAGUGUUGGUGUUGACAUGCGCGGUGCUGGUGUUGGUGCCGACGGAGGUAUCUGCAACGCGUUUCAUCGUCGGAGCUAACAACGGGUGGAGUUCAAAUGUGAACUACGUCAUUUGGGCUAAAAGAAAACAUUUCUAUCUCGGCGAUUGGCUCUUCUUCGUGUAUGAUAGGCACAAGAUGAGUGUGCUUGAGGUAAACAAGAGAGAUUACAAGAACUGCAAUUCCAAUCACCCGCUUCACAAUUGGACAACCGGCGCUGGAAGGGACGUUGUUCCUCUCAAUGUUACAAAAACUUAUUAUUUCAUUAGCGGAAAAGGAUUCUGCCGUAGAGGCAUGAAAGUAACUAUUCGUGUUGAAAAACCACAGCCCCGACCAUCAUCUUUGCCAUAAAAGGUUGCUAUCUUCUUGAUAGUUUCAGUAUUCUUAGAGUUGUUUGCUUUUGUAUUUUGUUAAAUUAUUUUGACUUGAAUGGUUUAGCCUAUGAUCAUCUUGUGAAGAACAAAGUGUGGGUUGAGUAUCUUUAAAAUGGUUUGUAAUAUGAGGACUCUUCUGGCUGUUAUUUAACUGAUAUCAGGUUCUUCUACCGCCGCGGAUUCA